AUCAAAUCCCUGGAGCGCCUGGGGGUUCUGAGGAUGGGUUUGGAAAUCACUACUUGGUUCUCUUAGAUAAAAUGGCAAAAUUUCUGAAUUCUAUUUCACCAUUUCAUCUCUCCAUUCCCCUCUUUCAAUCUCUUUCUCCAUCUCUCUUUACAUCCCGCCCUCUCUCCCUCUUUUCCUGUUUUUUCCAUCCCUCUCUCUGUCCCCCCCUUACAGACAGAGGGAUGUCUCACUCUGAUGAGUCUCGCCUGUCCAACCUCCUGCGCCGUGUGUCCCGCGAGGAGGACAGGGACCGCCGGCUGGCCACUGUCAGACAGCUCCGGGAGUUCAUCACUCACUCUGACAACAAAGUGGCCCUGGUGAAACAGUUGGAUACGAUCCUCAGUACCCUGAAUGAUAUUUUGAAUGAAAGCAGUAAGCUGCUGUCAGAGCUGCGUCAGGAAGCAGCGGUAUGCCUGGGUCUCCUGUGCACCGCUCUGAGCUAUGAAACAGAGCGUAUCUUCAAGUGGAUGUUUGUCAAGUUCAGCUCCAGCACCCGGGACGAGGUCAGGCUGCUGUACCUGGUGGCAGCGUACCGAGCCCUGGAGGCAGCCGGGGAGAGGAAGGCCUUCUCACCUGUCAUGCAGCUGGUGAUGAGUAGCCUGCAGUCCAUCCUGGAGAACCUGGACACGCCGGAGCUGCUGUGUCAGAGCGUCCGCUGCAUCCUGCAGGUGGCCCGCUGCUACCCACACGUCUUCAGCACCAACUUCAGAGAUACGGUGGAUAUCUUGGUGGGCUGGCACAUUGACCACACACAGAAACAGUCUCUGACUCAGCAGGUCUCAGGUGUGUGCUCCUGCCUGGAACAGUUCUGGGUAGCAGACCUAACCUUCUCUACCACGCUGUUGGGACAGUUUCUAGAGGACAUGGAGGCCUGUCUCCAGGACCUGGGUCACGUGGGUUCUGGCGAGGCGGUAGACGAGGACAUCCCCCCUCCCACGGUGUCUCUGCCCAAACUGGCCGCCCUGCUGAGGGUGUUCAGCACCGUGGUGCGCUGCAUCGGACAGCGCUUCAACCCCAUUAGAGGACCGCCCAUCACACAGGCAUACGUCUCUGAUGUUUUGAACCGGGUGUUGGCGUGCGUGUCGACGGCCAAGCAGGUGUUGUUCUCUGAGCCGGUGUUGACGGCGGGGAACGAGUGUGUGUGUGUCCUGCUGGUGAGCUUGGAGCCGUCCGCACAGCUGACCGACGCCGUCAUCACCUACGGUCUGGACCAGCUGGAUGCCUGCCGGGCCUGUGGCCCAGAGUACAGCCUGGCCGUCCUCAGCCUCAUCACAUUGAUUGUGGACCAGAUCAACACUAAGCUCCCAGCGUGGUUUGUGGAGAAGCUGCUGGCUCCGACCUCACAGCUCCUGGAGCUACGCUUCAACAGGGACAGAGAG